AUGGGUUUUAUCCGCUGGGACUCGAACCGAAAAUAUCUUUUGGCGUUGCUGCGUAUUCGUAGAACUCGUUCAGAAGCUUACCAGAUUUGUCAAAGUGAAAUAGAUAAUAAUGUUCCUGAAAGAAAUGAAAUUGUUAAUACGCUUAUUACUCUGCAAACUCAACAGUGUGCUCAGCACACUCUGUUCAGCGUGUACUCACAAGCGAACUCGACCACUGAAGCGCUCAACAUGCUGGUUUUUGCCGAGAGGAUGGCGGGAGCUCUUGGACGCGGCAGUGUGUGGCAGCGACGGGUCUGGCUGCAGGUGGGGCUAGUGCUGCUAGGAGUGUUCGCCUACCUCGGGGCCGUGGCGUUCGUCGUCGUUCUGUCCGAAAGCAGCGCGGCAGAAGAUUCGGCCGCCGUGGCCGACCCGAACGGCAGAGCGACGGAGCUUUGGGGGCUGGCCCACAUCUCGAGCCUCCCGCUGCAGCUUUUCUUCUGUUUGCUCUUCGGUGACCAAGUCAGUGCACAAAAAAAAAUGUACUUGUACAAUUUUGUAGGCGGCCUCACACAAUAAGCAUGCGUAUUUAA